GGUGUGAUAGUGAGCAGCCACGAGGAUAUCUGGGUGUUAUACAGGGGAGUCUAUGGAGUAAAGGCCUUAGUACUAGAUGACAGAGAGCAUAAGGGCGGGAGCAGUUACCUCCAGGAGCCAAUCAGAUCUUGUCUUUCAUUUUCUAUCUGUGCUGUAUAGAUGAGAGCACGGAUCUGAUUGGUUACUGGGGCUGCAUUGCUUUAUGGCAUUGUUGCUAGGCAACCUGCUUAUGUUCCCCUCUUCUGUCACCCAUUAUUGUAGUGGUCUCCAAACUGUCCUCCAGCUGUUGGCAUGCUGGGAUUUGUAGUUUUGUAAUAGCUGGAGGCCCACAGUUUGGAGACCACUACCUUAUUGUUACCUCCUUGGUGUAUUUUACUAUCUGGUGACAUAUAUGGCAAUGAAUUGGAUCGCCAGUCACCCAGUGCAGCCCGGGUUGCACCUUUUUUCCUCCCCGUGUCACCUGACAGACCUCAUUGGGUUAUAAUGGGUGGUUUCUGUUGUCUUUUGACUGCAAAAAUAGUAUUGGACACUGCGCUGUUAUUGAUCUGUGAAUGGCGCCUCCUACAGCAGCCGGAGUCAGGGGUAUAUCAGUGACAUAGCGCCAUGCCGGAGUACAAUGAUCCCAGCCUCCCACCAGAGGAGAGGCUACGAGCUCUGGUAUUGAAGGGGACGUCUGUGGAAGUGAACGAUGAUAUACCUCCUAAACGCUAUUAUCGCUCCGGUGUGGAGAUGAUUCGGAUGGCUAAUGUGUAUGCAGGAGAGGGGAACACCGAAAAUGCCUUUAUCUUGUACAACAAGUAUAUCACGCUUUUUAUUGAAAAGCUUCCAAAACAUCGAGAUUAUAAAACCGCCAAUGCUCCAGAGAAGAAAGAAACGUUGAAAAAACUAAAGGAAGUGGCCUUCCCAAAAGCUGAAGAGUUAAAGAAAGAACUGCACAAGCGAUACGGUAAAGAGUAUGGAGAAUAUCUGGAUAGAAAGAGAUGCGAGGAAGAAGAGUGUGCUCGCCGCCUCGCUGUGCUGCAGCAGCUUGAAGCGGAGAAGCAGCGUGUAGCGCGCAUAAAGCAGCAGCAAGAACAACAGGAGCAGUUAAAUGUCUUUGAAGAAAUGAUUCGUAGGAAGGAACUGGAGAAUGAGCGGCUACGGAUCCUCCACCAGUUCUCUACUGACAACUCUAACACUCAGACUCCUGAGGGAGUGCUCAUCCCAGGGGUCAAUGAGCCUCCUAUGCCACAGCUACCCGCCAAUGAUACCGUCCUUCCGCGACCGCCUGUUGUUGAUAGAACUCUGAAGCCAACAUCCAUCAGUCUUCAUGAAGGCUUGGUGUCCACAGAUGGACUUCGUCAAGUUAGGAUUCCUCAUGAAGUGUUUGUGAAGUUUCUGAAACUUGCAGAGAAUAAUACACAGAGAGGAGUGGAGACCUGCGGCAUCUUGUGUGGGAAGCUGAUGCAGAAUGAGUUUACUAUCACUCACGUCAUUGUGCCCAAACAGUGUGGUGGACCAGAUUACUGUAACACUGAGAAUGAGGAGGACCUGUUUGUGAUACAGGACCAACAUGGGCUUAUCACACUGGGCUGGAUACAUACACAUCCCACUCAGACCGCCUUUCUCUCUAGUGUUGAUUUACACACUCACUGCUCAUACCAGAUGAUGCUCGCGGAAUCCAUUGCCAUUGUCUGCUCCCCAAAAUUCCAGGAAACAGGAAUUUUUAGAUUGACAGAUUACGGCAUGAAAGAGAUUGGUGACUGUCGAGAGAAGGGUUUUCACCCACACUGCAGAGAUCCUCCCCUGUUCUGUGCCAGCAACCACACUACAGUCUGUCAGCAGGUCGUCACUGUCAUGGACCUACGGUAAUUUCUGCAAAGAAUCUGCCAACUCCCUGACUGAACCCUGUGACUUGCCAUUGAACGCCCUGUGAAGAACUGUUUGUAGACAUGAACUAUAAAGUGACCGAUGCUAUUAAGGUUGUGUCUUUUGUGAAUUGGCUCCUCCUGUCUGCGGUUAUUGCCAGGUAUCUGCUAGAGAAUGGCACUGACUAGUGUUCCUGGCCCUAUGAGACCAUUCGACACCCUUAAGCACUGAUACAUUUCUCUUUGCAGAAUUAACAGCUUGUAACACAUUCGGUGCUAAAGUAUGAAAAAGUUUCCUUUCAUGGGUAUUUGGGACUAAAAUCUUACAAAACUACAUAUAAAUAGAUAUAUAUUUUCUUUUUUUUUUUUUUUUUUAUAGUGGAGCUGUAGGUAACCCUUUAAGGGUACGUUCACAUGGGCGGAUUUAUUUGCGGGUUUCUCGCUGCAUAUUUGAAAGGGGACGGGCUCUUCUCAGCUGUCCGCAGCAGAUUUUGAAGUCAAUAGGAUCUGCGGCAGAUUUUCCGCCGUGGAAAAUCUGCUGCAGACAGUCGAGAGGAGCCCGCCCACCUUUCAAAUACGCAGUGGGAAACCCGCAAAUAAAUCCGCCCGUGUGAACAUACCCUAAAGCAAUAUAGCCACAGUUAAGCAAGCUUUCUUGAUUCAGAUGUUAUUUUAGUAAUAGUAAAUUUGUAUAUAAUUUAAUUUAUUUGAUCUUUUUUUUUUUCCUAAAAAAAACAAAUGCCAAGAAAAUAUCUCACUGUUUGAUAAAAAGUAUAAUACUGUAUAAUGUUUAUUUUCUAGCAGCAUUAAAUAUUUUCAAUGCUUCCUGAAGGUAGUCCG